AUGAGGUGUCGUCUCAAGAGAAGAGAAUUGAUUCGAAGGACCAGGAAAGCGAGGUUAAAGAGAUCGCUAGUGGGAACGAGAAUAAUGAUAAACAAUUUGAGGACAACCGUGGUGACUUCCAAGACAGAGAUAGAAAAGAAGGAUGACUUUGAUGUUGCAACAAACAAGGAUAGUGAUGGAAGUAACACGCAGACAUCCGAAGGUGGUAAUGAAAACAAACCAAAUCCAAAUGAGACUGAGAAUAAAUCAGACAAUUCUGAUGAGAAUACAGAAGAGAAGGUGAAGCAAGACAAAGAGGAGUCUUCUGCUGAACUAUUUCCUUCAGGCCCACAAUCAGAGCUUUUAAAUGAAACCAGCACCCAAAAUGGGGCAUUUACAACUCAGGAUACAGAGUCUAAAAAUGAAAAGGAAUCACAGGAAUCUGAUGGACAAAGUGGAUAUAAAUGGAGAUUGUGCAAUGUCACCGCUGGCCCAGAUUACAUUCCUUGUCUUGAUAACCUGCAAGCUAUAAAGAGCCUAAGAUCAACAAAGCAUUAUGAGCACAGGGAGAGACAUUGCCCAGAGGAUCCUCCCACCUGUCUUGUUCCUCUUCCAGAAGGAUACCAAAAAUCCGUUGAUUGGCCUACUAGCAGGGAAAAGAUAUGGUAUCAUAAUGUUCCACAUACGAAACUUGCUGAGAUUAAGGGACACCAGAACUGGGUGAAAGUUAGUGGUGAUUAUCUUACGUUUCCUGGUGGUGGAACCCAGUUUAAACAUGGAGCACUUCAUUAUAUUGAUUUCAUACAACAGUCUGUACCUGAUAUUGGUUGGGGAAAGCGAUCUCGGGUGGUAUUAGAUGUUGGGUGUGGGGUUGCUAGCUUUGGAGGCUAUCUCUUUGAUAAAGAUGUGCUCACCAUGUCUGUGGCCCCGAAAGAUGAACAUGAAGCACAAGUUCAAUUUGCACUUGAAAGAGGCAUCCCUGCUAUAUCUGCAGUAAUGGGCACCAAGAGACUUCCAUACCCUGCAAGAGUAUUUGAUGUUGUCCAUUGUGCUCGUUGUAGGGUCCCCUGGCACAUUGAAGGCGGUAAACUACUGUUGGAGCUGAACCGAUUACUUCGGCCUGGAGGCUACUUUGUGUGGUCUGCUACACCUGUUUACCAAAAACUUACAGAAGAUGUUGAGAUCUGGGAAGCCAUGAAACAGCUAACAAAGGGAAUGUGUUGGGAAGUGGUUUCAAUAACGAAAGACAGAGUAAAUGGAGUUGGUAUAGCAAUAUAUCAGAAGCCUAUGACAAACGAAUGCUAUGGACAAAGAUCAGAAGAUAAACCUCCACUCUGCCAUGAAUCUGAUGAUCCAAAUGCAGCCUGGAGUGUACCAUUGCAAGCGUGUAUGCACAAAUUACCAACUGAUGCGACAGAACGAGGAUCUCAGUGGCCAGAGCAAUGGUCAGAGAGGUUAACGAAGACACCUUAUUGGUUAUUGGGUUCUCAAAUUGGAGUGUAUGGCAAACCAGCACCGGAGGAUUUCACAGCAGAUCAUGAACAUUGGAAGCGGGUGGUGAACAAGUCAUAUCUUGGAGGAAUGGGAAUUAAUUGGUCCACUGUGAGGAAUGUGAUGGACAUGAAAGCUAUUUAUGGAGGGUUUGCUGCUGCUCUAAAGGAGUUGAACGUAUGGGUGAUGAAUGUUGUCCCAAUAGACUCCCCAGAUACACUUCCAAUUAUCUUCGAGUGAGGUUUAUUCGGAACGUAUCAUGAUUGGUGCGAGUCGUUCAGUACUUAUCCUAGAUCAUACGAUCUUCUUCACGCCGAUCAUCUAUUCUCAAAGAUCAAGAGAAAAUGCAACUUCAUGGCUUUGGUAGCUGAAACAGACCGUAUACUUAGACCGGAAGGAAAGCUGAUAGUGCGGGACCAUGUAGAUAUAAUAAGCGAACUGGAGAGUUUGUUUAGAGCAAUGCAAUGGGAGAUAAGAUUGACGUACUCUAACGACAAUGAAGGUCUGCUUUGCGUUCAGAAGACAAUGUGGCGCCCGAAUGAGAUGGAGACAAUCACUUAUGCCAUUGCUGCUUGAAAGAUAAAACAAACAAUUGUGUUCCUAAUUGUAUUGUAUUCCUUCCUUA